GAGAGAGAGAGAGAAAGAGAGAUAUUUGGGUAGAGAGAAAGAAAAGAAAAGAGAGAGAGAAUGGGAAGAGGGAGAGUAGAAUUGAAGAGGAUAGAGAACAAGAUCAAUAGGCAAGUGACGUUUGCAAAGAGAAGGAAUGGUCUUUUGAAGAAAGCAUACGAGCUUUCCGUUCUGUGUGAUGCAGAGGUUGCUCUCAUCAUCUUCUCAAAUAGAGGAAAGCUGUACGAGUUUUGCAGUAGUUCGAGCAGCAUGCUUCGGACUCUUGAGAGGUACCAAAAAUGUAACUAUGGAGCACCAGAGCCCAAUGUGCCUUCAAGAGAGGCCUUAGCAGUUGAGCUAAGUAGUCAACAAGAGUAUCUCAAGCUUAAGGAGCGUUAUGACGCCUUACAAAGAACCCAAAGGAAUCUACUGGGAGAAGAUCUUGGGCCUCUAAGUUCAAAGGAGCUUGAGUCACUCGAGAGACAGCUUGAUUCUUCCUUGAAGCAGAUCCGAGCUCUCCGGACACAGUUUAUGCUCGACCAGCUCAACGAUCUUCAGAGUAAGGAACGCAUGCUGACUGAGACAAAUAAAACUCUAAGACUAAGGUUAGCUGAUGGGUAUCAAAUGCCACUCCAACUGAACCCUAACCCAGAAGAUCAUGUUGAUCUCUAUGGUCGUCAUCAUCAACAACAACAACAACAACAACAGCACUCUCAAGCUUUCUUCCAGCCUUUGGAAUGUGAACCCAUUCUUCAGAUCGGGUAUCAGGCGCAGCAAGAUGGAAUGGGAGCAGGACCAAGUGUGAAUAAUUACAUGUUGGGUUGGUUACCUUAUGAUACCAACUCUAUAUGAAUCUUUCUUAAUAAUUAAUUGCUUUCUUCUUCUUUUUCUUUUUUUUUUUCUUUUUUUUGACAUUUUAAGAUGAUCAUGUUUCUUCUGAUUUUAUUACCUCUAUCAUGUUUUCGGUCUUGUGUGCAUGUGUGUGUAAUAAUGUUUAAUUAUAAGCCCUUUCUAUAAUUCAAUAAUUUUGUCAUCA